UGAAUUGCAAACAUAGGAUAAAUAUGAGAUGAGUGGAAUGGAUUAGCUCAAACUUGGGAAACCCAAAUUUCCUGGUUCAAUCCAACGGAAAAUUUCUGAAUAGGAUAAUUCCAACAUAUCUGGAACAACAAAUUUCCUAUAGCUGCGGAUUUGCUGGUUACUCAAUGAAAACAAAAAGACAACAAAGACCUAACUAGAUAGAUUUUAGUAACGGUCACGGAACCGGAAAUACAGGGUUAAAAGUCUAAUUAAAUGAAACGCUACUAGUAUAUAUGUGUUCAGUUGCAAGCAGACAAAAAGCAUUUCCAAUGAAGACAUACGUAGCAUUCUCUCUGCUAUUUAUACUGAGUUCUUGCACCGCGGAGGCAUGGCGGCCUCCUCGUUUUUUGAGGCCAAGAUCUCACAAUUUUUCAUUUUCUAAUGGACAAAUUGGUACACCCAGUUCAAAACACAGUGUACCCAAUUCGGAAUAUGAGUAUGAGACCAAGAAUUUUACACAGAGGCUUGAUCACUUCAGUUUUAAGAAACAUGCAAAUUCAACAUUUCAACAGCGUUAUCUCAUCAAUGACAAACACUGGUCGGGGGCACAAGCUAAAGGGCCUAUAUUUCUAUACUGUGGAAAUGAGGGUUACAUUGAAUGGUUUGCUGUGAAUAGUGGGUUCAUGUGGGAUAUUGCACCUCAGUUUGGAGCUUUGCUUGUCUUUCCAGAGCACCGUUACUAUGGAACAUCAAUGCCUUAUGGUAGCCAUGAUGCGGCCUACAAAGAUGGGGAUUCAUUAUCUUAUCUGACAGCUGAGCAAGCAAUAGUUGACUUUGCAACAUUGAUAUUAGACCUGAAAAAGAAUUUAUCAGCUGAGGCCUCUCCAGUUGUUUUGUUUGGUGGCUCGUAUGGUGGAAUGCUGGCUGCUUGGAUGCGAUUAAAGUAUCCACACAUUGCAAUAGGUGCCUUGGCUUCAUCUGCACCGAUAUUGCAAUUCGAAGACAUUGUGCCAUGGGAUACCUUCUAUGAUAUUGUUUCCAAUGAUUUUAGGCGAGAGAGUGAGAAUUGCUUUAGAGUGAUAAAGGACUCAUGGAGUUUACUGGAGAGUUAUGGUAAAAAAGAUGAAGGUUUGCAUGAGAUUAGUAAGAAGUUUCACAUUUGCCGGGAUGUGAAUGGUAUAGAGGAAAUAGGAAACUGGCUAGAUUCAGCAUAUAGUAACCUUGCUAUGGUGGACUAUCCUUACGAUGCUUCUUUCCUAAUGCCUCUGCCUGCAUAUCCAAUAAGAGAGGUUUGCAAAGCGAUUGACAAUUUUCCAAAUGAUGCUGACAUAUUAGAUCGUGUAUUUGCUGGUGUUAGCAUCUAUUAUAAUUAUACAGGAGAAACAAAAUGUUUUGAUGUCAAUGAUGAUCCUCACGGAGAGAAUGGAUGGAAUUGGCAGGCUUGCACAGAGAUGGUUAUGCCUAUGUCUAGCAACCCAGAGAGUAGUAUGUUUCCAUCUUUUACGUUUGACCUUGAGUCAUACACAAAUGAUUGUAUAAAGUCCUUUGGUGUGGAACCAAGACCUUACUGGAUAACCACUGAAUUUGGUGGUCACAGUAUAGGCACGGUCUUGAAAAACUAUGGUAGCAAUAUCAUUUUCUCAAAUGGUCUUUGGGAUCCUUGGAGUGGUGGGGGUGUUUUAACGAAUAUUUCGAGCAGCAUUGUCGCACUUGUAACAGAGAAAGGUGCCCAUCACCUGGAUUUGCGUCAGGCAAGAGAAGAUGAUCCAGCUUGGCUUGUAGAGCAGCGGAAAGCUGAAAUUCAAAUUAUAAAGGAUUGGAUUUAUGAAUAUUAUCAAGAAAAAGGAUUGUAUUCCUUUAAUAUUUAGGCAAAUGACCAGGCAAUCAUUUCUCUUCAGGGCCUUUUUAACCCUUCGUUUUAGGACAUUUAUGCUCGCUAGAAAUCAAACAUUUGUCAAAAGUCUUCCAAAAUUAUGUUCCAAUUUCACCCCUUGCCUUCCUAGUUUUCAAUCUUAAUCUAUGGAUCAAACUGAUUUUAAGUUCUUGUUUGUAACUCAUGGGAUUCCAGGAAUUUAAGAAUUUAAUUUUUAGGGUUACAAUAAAAGGAUAAAGAAUGGCUUGUUCUUUUUAACAUUGUUUUAGAAUGUAGAAGGUAAUAAAUAAUAUCAUCUUGAAAUUGAAAAUUA